GCGCAUGUGCACGACCGAGCUCUAUCGGAAGCAAAGUCGGGCUUAUCCGGGGGGUUCACAUCAAAAACCGAAAAUAAAAGAGUCAUGUCAGGUUUUCUGGACGGUAUCCGGUGCGGAGACUGCGAGUGCAAUGUGGACUGGGGAGAAAGAAGAAACACCAUCGCAUCUGUAGCUGCUGGAGUUCUGUUCUUCACUGGUUGGUGGAUCAUCAUCGACGCAGCAGUGAAAUAUCCUGAUGAAGGGGAGUUUCAUCAUGCGUAUCACACUUGUGGAGUCAUUGCUACUGUGGCCUUUCUCAUGAUAAAUGCUGUUUCAAACGGCCAAGUGAGAGGAGACAGCUACAGUGAGGGCUGCAUUGGACAGACAGGCGCCAGAGUCUGGCUCUUCAUUGGCUUCAUGCUAGCCUUUGGCUCCCUCAUCGCCUCAAUGUGGAUUCUGUUUGGAGGAUUUGUAGUGCCUCAAAAGCCCAUCGUGUACCCUGGUAUCGCCAUUUUCUUCCAAAAUGCGUUCAUCUUCUUUGGGGGUUUGGUCUUCAAGUUCGGACGUACAGAGGAUCUGUGGCAGUAGUGGAGUCUGUGUGUCUUCAUGUUCACUGUUUAUACACUCUGCUUUCAAUAUUGUACAACACAAUAUGCUUUAGUGGUUAUUUACUUUAUAUAUAAUACUUUUUUUAGCUUUCAAAUUAACAUGUUUAAUUUAUAUUGUGUGCUGUAUAAUGGCUAAAUCAUAACUAAGCACAAGUUUUCCUUUAAAGUUUUGACUAUUUUCAAAUGUGGCACAUCUCUAAAUGUGUCUAUUUGCACUCAGACAGUGUAGCCAUGUUGUUGUAAUGGAUUACAACUUGUGUUUAACGAAAUGUGUAUUUUGGGAGCUUUACUUCUCCAAACUGUCCACAUUUACUUAUUUUUAUGACACCCUUUAAUUUGAACAGUCUGUUAAGUGGGAACAACAUAAAUUAUUGUGGUACAAAAUAUCAUUGAGGGCAAUAUAUCAUAUUACUGUACACAUUAACUGAAUGUAUCCAUAUGGGGUUGUUUGUAUUUUAAUGAAAGAACUCUAUGUCAGCUCUGAAACUUUGCAGUCAAUCACAUUUAUUGGUAAAGGUUAAAAAGCUCACACUGCUCACAUGAUGUCAACAAAGGUUUCACAACUAUAUGGUAUUAUAUGUGUACUGGAGGUUUGUAUUUGACUGCAACGCUUAUCAACCAUGGCAGCAUUAAACAGAAACAUACUGGGCACUAAAUGAGUCUGUAUUCAUGCUUUCACAGUUCAAUGUUGAUUUUUUUUUUUUUUUUUU